GGCAGGCGUUUCGGUUUGUCAAGAUAUUUCCAAUCUUUUUCAUUUAAACCCACAAUUAGGCUUAUAUUUAAAGCCUCUAACAAAAAUAGAAAUACUAGUUAUGUUUCCACAUGUAAAAUCAUCAGGUAUGACAAUAUCUAAUUGGGAAAUUAUGGAAAAAUUAAAAGCAAUGAUAUCCCCUAACACCUUCACAAUCUUAAAAGUUAUCAAAAUGGUAAAAUCUGAUAAUAUAAACCCUAAAAUUAUAAAAAAGCUGUCUCAACCUUUGAUAAAUCAAUGUUACAAAGACAUUCCAUCAGAUAAUGAAUUCUUAUAUCUGGAAGCAGAAUUAGAAGAUUCAGUAAAUGCAUUAAAAAUUGUUGAUAUUUUAAAUGGCAAACUUAAUAACCUCCAUUUACCAAAAUUGGAUAUUAAUAAAUAUAAUAAUUCUAAGAAUAGUAAUUAUUCAUUUAUUAAACUGUCAGGAGUAAAUAUUCCAUUAAAGGUGAGAGCGGCUUAUCACAAUAAAAAAAAUUCAAUUUGUGAUGUAGAUAUAUGUAAAGAUAUUAAUGUUGAUAAUCAUCUAUUGAUUAACUCUUCCUUUUCCCAUCAGUCUUUCUAUUAUGAUGACAUUUCACAUAUAAGAAAUAAUUGGAUAUCUCAUUUUAAAUGGGAUCAGAAAUCUUCUAAAGAUAACCCCAAUAGUUUUCGAAGAUUAUUUUUUAAUUCUAAACCUGGUCAUAGACCUGACACUGUACUAUUAAAAGGUCUUCCUACUAAAUGGUUCAUACCUAAAAUCACAUUGAAUCAUGAAUUUUUAAAAUUAUUAGAACCUGAAAUAAAGAAAACAUUUUCUAUAUUUGGGCCUGUUAGAGAUGUUUUCAUCCCUUUUAAUAAUGAUCCAUUUCAAUUAAAUACCUUCUCAUUUUCAACAUCAAAUUUCCAUACAGCAUACAUAUCUAAUUGCACUCUGGACAAUUCCAAAAAUCAAAAUGACAAUGUAAUUAUUCCAUUAACAUUUGAUGUUUUUGUACAAUACAAUGAAUAUGACAGUUUUGAAAGAGCAAUGGAUGGCUUGGUUGGCAGCAAAUUAUUAUACACACCAUCUCCUACAGAAAAUUCUUUGCAUGAUUCAGGGAAAAUAAAAUUUUACACUUCUAUAUUUCAAUGUGAUUUUGAUAGGAAUAAACAUUUGAGUGACUUAUCUAUAUCAAAACGCAAAAAUGAAGCAAAACUUUUGAUAGAAAAGGAUUCGUUAAAUUUAAUUGUCAAUUCUGAUGAAAUUGAGAAUGUUAUAGAUGAAAAACAAUCCAUACCAAUUGUCAUGCCUUCAAACAGAAGCCCGCAGAAAUUUGAAGAAAAUUAUAUAGAUAAACCUCAUUCAAAAAUUUCAAGUUUAUCACCAUUUGUAAAUGACAAAGAUUCCUCAAAAAAUGCCAUAAUAAAUUCCCCCAAACCCAAAUCAAAACAUUCGCAUCAACACAAAAAGGAGAAAUAUAAAAAAUACAAAGUCUUAAUGGAGGAAAGAAAGUUAUUAUUAUCCCAAAGGAAACUAGAGUCAAUAAGAUUGUUGAAUAGCCUUUUCUCUGCAAUAAACGAUAAAUUAGAAGAAAAAGAAAUGGAAGAACAAUUAGAAGCGAAACGGAAAGAAAGGGAAAGGAUAAAACGGAUACAGAAGAAGCAAAUAAAAGAGGCGAAGACGCGAGAGUUUUUAAUCCUCGAAGAAUUAAACCUAAGAAAGAAAUUGGUGCAUAAAUUGUCCAAACAAACCGCCAAAGAUAUUGAUUUAUUGUGUAAAAAUAAAUAAUGAUAUUUUAGAGAGAAAUUUUUAAUUUUAAUUAUUUGUAUAAAUGUAUAUAGUAUAUGUACAGUUGAUAUGGAUAUAAUAAUUUUUAAAAAAUUCAAUAAACCUAUA